GACUGAGGAAGUGAACCUGUGAGGUUUUAGUGAAGCAGCCUUUCAGCUAAAGCCAAUUACUUACUCAGCUACCUAGAGAUUACAAGAAAGAGCACCUUGACGUGAAACAAAGGACAGAUGAGGAGGAUGGCAAUGAAAAGACUUUGGCUGUUCUUUUUCAGUGCGAUUCUGGCGACUGCUCAUGCCCUCACUGUGGAAGCACCCGCCAGGGAAAUACAGGUGGCACGGGGGAACAACGUUACUCUCCGUUGUCAUUUUAAAACAGAGGCUUCUGUUGCCUCAGGAGAUGUUGUUGUCUGGAGGAAAAUCAACAGUGAGCAUGAUGCUGUUACUAGGUAUUUUGAUGGACUUGUACAGUAUGGCAAGGGCUAUGAAAACCGUAUACAAUUUAGUGGUGAUGUAAACAAAGGGGACAUCAGUAUCACCAUUAAUGCAGUGACCAUGGAAGACAAUGGGACAUACACCUGCAACGUUCGUCUAAGGAAUGACCCCCCCAGGCAGACUGCAAUCUUGUCGCUUUUCGUCCUUGUUGCACCAUCCAAGCCAGAAUGCAAGAUUUUGGGGACACCAGAAUAUGGACAGACAAUCAAUCUGACCUGCAUUUCUCAUGAGGGCUCCCCAAAGCCCAGAUAUACCUGGCAAAGCUUCAAUGUACAAAACGAGCCCCGUGUACUACCAACAACAGAAGGGGAACAAAUAAGUCUGAAGAACAUCUCAGCAGAUACCUCCGGCUUUUACAUCUGUACUUCAACAAACACUGUGGGAAAGGAAUUCUGCAACAUGACAGUCAGCGUUCUGCCACCAUCCAUGAACAUAGCUCUUUAUGCUGGCAUCAUUGGUGGAGCUGUUGCUGCAAUUAUAGUUAUUGGUAUUUUAGCCUAUUGCUGCUGCUGUCGGGCAGACAAGGACAAGGACUAUGAGAUGACGGAGAAAGAAGAUAGAAAUGAACCCUCCAGGGAGACGCCUACAAGAAACCAGAGAGUAGAUGAUGAAGUUGAAGAUGAAUGAAGAAGCAGGAGGCCAAUGCCAUCUUCAGGAUUUGCUGAGGCACAGGCACCACUACAGAAAAGAAAUCAAUCCCUCUUUCUUACUGCAAGAAGGUUUUUUUGAAUAAUAAAAUGAAGCACAUGGCUCUGCCUUCAAGUUCUGGGAGAUAAUAUGCUCGUCUCCCUAGAAAGAAGUGCCUAAAGUACAAUGAGUACUAAUAUAUAACCUCACAACAGAAAAAACGCGCGUGAAGCACUGUUUCACCCAGUCAUCCAAAAAUAAGCAGUCUUCUAGACUUUCUGCAAAAAGAAGCCAGGCAGGUUUAUUUGGAGGAGAGAGUUGCUGCUGUAUCUGCAGAUCUACAGAAGGUUUCAAGGUCACCACCUGCAAGUCACUGAGGAAGGGAGGUCUUGAUUAUGGUGUUACACUAAUGUCACAGCUUACAGCAUUGUUCAGUAUAGAAAUUAUUUUAUGCAGACCACAGCAAGCUGAUUUUUAAGGACAUUUUAUGAAAUGUAUUCUUUGUAUGUAUUAUACAUGCACAUAUGAAUAAAAAAAUGGAAAACCCCCACAGAUGACCAAUGCAAGUCUCCUGUUUGGAACAAUGCAUAACUAGUGGAAUGGAUAAGGUAAGAAGCUAGAUGGGUUUGUAACUGGCAGCUAAUAAGAUCUAGAAACAGUCUAGUAGCCUACAUACUGUCAGAUUCCUUAAUUUAUGAGUUCCAGCUCAGAGUUCCUAAAUACUAAUUUUCAUUACAUUAUCCUUUUCUCCUGACUGUUGAAUGUGCAAGUCAGAAAUAGUCCAUCGCUUCUGCUGUUGCUUCUGAAAAAAUGACAGAGUGAGAGCAUGUAUAUGGCAAGUACAUCUUUAAUAAAAAAGGAAAAAAAAAAAAAGAAAAAAGGGGAAAAAGGAGGAAAAGUACCUUUUUAUUCUAAAUUUUAACAAUUUAAUCAGAAGUGCUGUACGUGCAAGAUGUGUACAAAUGUGGAGCGAACUCCUGUCACUAGUAUAUUUGGAAGAAAACGGACUAUCUGUCUUUGUC